UUCUUUGGCUUCACAUGUGUCUUUCAAUUUCCCCUUCUCUGUGCCCAGGGGUAGUUGUUUGUGAGAGUUUCUUUCAGGUGAAUGGAUUUGGGGCCUCACGCCUGGAGGGUGGGUCACCAUAGGUAGCAGGAGUAGGUCUGUGUUGGGUCUUGCAAACAGCAGGACAAAGAGAAGAUGAAUGGGUGGGUGGGACCCUGAAGUGCACCCGAUAUUACAGAACAGCACAGAACCUACGUGCAGGAGGGAGCUGGGCUGACAGGUCCUGCCUGGAUCAUCGCUGAGUGCUGAGCAAGGGAGUAGCUAUUACUCAUAGGCCAGGGACGUUGUUUAGCUUGUCAGCAGGGUCACAACGUCAGAGAUGUCACUUGGAAAAAGAAUCAGCGGACACGGGAUAGGAGUUAUUAUUGGGGCCUGCUGGGCUGGUGACAGGGGUCUGACAAGAAACAGCUUCUGUGAAGCGGGGCCCGGUGGCCUCCCUCCUCACCCCCGAUCUCUCUAAGGCCUGGUGAGUCUCUGUCCUGAGCACGUCUCUGUUGGCCCAGUGUGUCUCUGCAGAGGUGGAGACACAGUUCACCUGCACCCGAUUGUGGAGGGGGCAUCCAGACUGCCUUGGAAGGACAGGAGGGUUUCAUCCAUCCUCUUAAAGUGUCCUUUGCUGGUGCGUGGGUGAGUGCGCCCCCAGCCUCCUGGGACCUCAAAAGGGACAGGAUACAACAGCUGGGUCAGCUCAACUGGAGCACCGCCUGGCUGCCUCCUUCGAGCGGUGGGUGUUAUCACUCCGCCCGUCCUGUAGGGGGCGCCCUGGGGACGUCCUGGCUGCCAGGCAUGCGCGGUGCGUGGCGGGGUUGGACGCUGGCUGUCCGAACCCGGAAGUGGAGAGACCCACGUGGGAUCCCUCGUAGGGUGAUGGGUGGUCCCCGUGCAGAGUAGAGGGUGAUGGGUCCUGUCUGUGGGCGCAGACGCCAAGUACCUGUCACUCCCGUGUUGGGAACCUGAGCGUGGCGGCGGUGACCGGUCCCGGGGACGCAGCAGGAAGCAUCGAGUUUCUAGCGUGGCCUGCGACAUGGGGCUGCUCUCACAGGGUCCGACCUGGGGUUGCUUGGGUCGCCUGGUCACCCGUCAUUUCUCCCAAGCGGCGCGGCGCGGGGAGCGGCCUGGCGGGGAGGAGCUGAGCCGCCUGCGCCUGGAUGACCUGGCGCCAGCUCCGCGGCUGGAACUUCUGUUUGGCCUGUCCCCGUGUCUCCUGGCUCUGCGGGCUACCCGCCGCCGAGUGGCCCGGCUCCUGCUCCAAGCAGGCAGAGCCGGACUGCAGGGAGAGCGCGCCGAGCUGCUUCGAGUGGCCGAGGCGCGCGGUAUCCCAGUUCUGCGGCCCAGGCGGCAGAAGCUGGACGCCCUGUGCCGCCACCAGGUCCACCAGGGUGUCUGCAUGGAGGUGAGCCCGAUGUACCCCAAGCCCUGGACUGAGGCCAGCGAGGCGACCCCUGAAGACUGCCCCCAGCGGCUGUGGCUCGUCCUUCAGGAGCUCCAAGAUCCCCGAAAUCUUGGGGCUGUGCUGAGAUCCGCUCACUUCCUUGGAGUGGAUAAGGUCAUCACCAGUCAGAGAAACAGCUGCCCGCUCACUCCAGUGGUCAGCAAGGCCAGCGCGGGGGCUAUGGAGGUGAUGGACGUGUUCUCCACGGAUGACCUGGCCGGGUUUCUGCAGGCCAAAGCCCGACAGGGCUGGCUCGUAGCAGGCACGGUGGCCUGCCUAGGGCCUGAGAGCGCACAGCCCCCCAAGACCCCCACCAUCAGCUGCUUGGAGUUCCUCUGGGACCGGCCCACCCUGCUUGUACUGGGGAACGAGGGCUCCGGUCUGUCCCCGGAAGUGCAGGCCUCCUGCCAGCUUCUCCUCACCAUCCUGCCUGGGCGCCAGCUGCCUCCUGGACUUGGGUCUCUGAACGUCUCCGUGGCUGCAGGAAUUCUUCUUCACUCCAUUUGCAGCCAGAGGAAGGGUUUCCCAGCAGAGGGGGUGAGACAGCACCUUCUCCAAGACUCCCAAGAACCCCCAGCCCCGUCUGAAGGACUCAGAGAGCAUCAGCACCCAGGGCUGUCUUUGGGAUCAGAAGAGAGAUGAAGUGGGGGCUGACGUGGCCCGUCCGCGAUGUGCACAGGCUGGAGUCAGGGCGGUUGCACACACAUCCACGGCUCCAGGUGCCGGAGCCUGCCCGUGUGUGCGCCCUGGCCCCUGUUUGCUGACCACAGCCUUGGUGGAGACCAGAGGAGGUUCAGUUUCCUGUUUGGAUGGACUUGCAGUUAGAGAUGGUGGUUUAAUUUCCAGAAUGCACUAGAAGGAGGGCCCUGCUUUGGAAGUCAAGGGGAAGAGGGGGAGUCCAGACAUCAGAAGGGAAGCAGGCAGCCCAGUCCAGUCCUACCCCACUGGAACCAGUUGUUGCCUGUGGUGAGCAUGAGAGUGUUAGGGGAGGGAGGGUCAGGGCCCUCUUGUGCCACAUCCGGGCUCGUGCAGCUCCCCACUGGGGGGUUUUGAGCCCAUAUCUUUGUAUUUCUGUGCCCUGGGGCCUUUGUCUGUGCCCACCUCACAGGGUGGUUGUGAGGAUCAAAUAAAGCAUCCUCUGGUAUCCGGUAUCCGAUGCCUCCACUAGGUGGCAGCCUCGUUCUUUGGGAAGCUCUGACAGCCACCUGGGUAGACUUGGCUGUGGCCCUGCCAGAGACAGGAGGAAAUUAACAAACAUU